AUGGGCAGCCCUCGCUUUGCCGGUGGCAUGCUGGCAGCCUGGUUCCGCAUGAAGUAUCCACAUAUUGUAAUCGGAGCACUGGCUGCCUCCGCACCCAUUUUACAAUUUCCCGGACUGACGCCGUGUGAUAUUUUCAACAAGAUAACAACAUCGGUGUAUGAGACUGCGUAUAAUGCCAACUGCAGUGUUAAUAUUGGCAAAUCCUGGAAAGCUUUUGAGACACUAGCUGCCAACGAUGCGGGAAAGAAGCAGCUGGGCGACAUCUUUCGCCUGUGUGAUCCCAUCAAUAACGCUGACGAUUUGAAUCAGUUUAUGAAUUACCUAGAGGAUGUUUAUGGCAAUCUGGCAAUGACUAAUUAUCCCUAUAAUAGCACCUUCCUGGCUCCAGUUCCGGCAUAUCCAGUGCGCCAGCUUUGCUUCUACCUAAAGGAUCUGCAUCAGAACGAUGCGGAUCUGAUCCACAGCAUGGUCAGCGCCCUUGCCGUCUAUACGAACUAUACGGGCACCGAAAAGUGCGUGGAUUACAAGUACUCUUCUUCCAGCACCACGUUGGACAACAAAGGCUGGGAUAUUCAGUCGUGUAACCAAAUGGUGAUGCCAUUCUGCUCCAACAGCAGCGAAACCAUGUAUCGCACCAAGGCAUGGAAUUUGAAGGAGUACUCCGACAACUGCUACAAGAAAUUCCACCUUACACCCAAGCCCUAUGACAUUAUAUUACGCUAUGGUGGCAAUAAUCUGGAAUCAGUGAGCAACAUCAUCUUCAGCAAUGGCCUACUUGAUCCUUGGAGCGGUGGCGGUGUUCUCCAGGCACCAAACAAUCAAGUUCACGUCAUCAUUUUGCCAGAGGGUGCCCAUCAUUUGGACUUGCGCUCAAGCAAUCCCUCGGAUCCGGCAUCCGUGACGGAGGCUCGUCGUAUGGAAGCAACCAUUAUUGAGGGAUGGUUAAACCAAGGUUAAGAUUUCUAUACAUACAUAUAUAUUUUGUAUAAUGUUUAAUUAUGAUAAUAUAUAUUCUUCUACAUAAAA